UUUGGGCGUUGGACCUCAUUCACUUACAUUACGGCGCGUCGAUUAGUUCCAGAGUGACAACGCGCAGAGCAUAUUGGAACUCUCCAGGUCAUGCUGGACCUCCAGGAUUGUUGUUGUGGCCAUCACCAGUCCUGUCUGGACUGGUUUCCAGCUGCCCUUGGGACCGAUCUUCAGGCCCCGAAACAGAUGGAUGGAGUCCCGGAGGAAGCUGAUGGCCUUAUCAUACUCCUCCAUCUUGAAAUGACUUAGGGCAGUAACAGUGUUGCGUGACGACAUGAGGUCAAACUUUUUGGUGUCCAAUGUUCAGUCACUGUAUUGGGUGAAGUCCAGUCCUGACAUGCAACAAAGAUCCCAUCCUAAGGCCAGCAUUGUUGAAGCGGCUCGAUAACGGAGCAAUCUCUACUUCUCCGGGAUGGAUGCUGGACGUCAGAGGGGAUCAUCAGUUGGACAAAGAGCAGCAAUUCUGCAAGAGUAGAGGGUGGAGUAUGACUACUACAAAUACCAUCCAAUGCCAGAGAUCACAGACUGGAUGGUUCAGGCUGCGAAGAAUUACCCUGAAAUUGUGACUAUAAUGGAAUAUGGACAAACCUAUGAGAAGAGGACUAUUAGCUUGCUCAAGAUCGGCGUUAAUACGGGGGAGAAAAAGAAAGCUAUCUGGAUGGACUGUGGUAUACACGCCAGAGAAUGGAUCGCCCCGGCCUUCUGUCAGUACUUUGUCAGAGAGAUCCUUCAAGCAUACAAAACAGACCCAAAGAUGCAAGUGAUGAUGACAAAUAUGGACUUCUUUGUCACCCCCGUGCUCAACAUAGACGGAUACAUCCACUCCUGGAAGGACAACACAACUCGACUGUGGAGGAAGAACAGGUCACCGGGACCUUUAAACUGCACCUGUUACGGCACAGACCUCAACCGCAACUUUAACGCCAACUGGGGCACGCUCGGGGUUUCCUUCGACUGCUGCGACAACACCUUCUGCGGGAUCAAACCUGUGUCCGAGCCCGAGGCCCAGGCCGUCACUUAUUUCGUAGGAAACCGGAGAGAAGACUUCCUGUGUUUCCUCACCAUCCACUCCUACGGCCAGCUGCUCCUGGUUCCAUUCGGACACCCCAACUUCAUCGCCAGCAACUACGAUGAGCUGAUGAAGGUAGGUAGGGGUGCAGCGGAUGCCAUUCGGAGCGUGCACGGGAAGCACUACACCGUAGGAACCUCACCGGAUGUGUUGUACGCCAACUCUGGUUCCUCCAGAGACUGGGCCCGGAUGCAGGGGAUCCCCUUAACCUACACCUUUGAGCUGAGAGAUAACGGGACGUUUGGCUUUGAGCUUCCCCAGGAUCAGAUCCAGCCGACCUGCGAGGAGGCCUACAGCGGAGCCCUGCACAUCAUCACCUACGCCCACGACAAGACCUUUAGUGGGGCCACUGCAACCGCUGCAACCCUGUGGAGCAUGCUGUUAGCCUUGGGUGUCACCGGCACCACCCUGAUGUGAGGGGGGGAGGGGAAAUAACUCCUGCUGUUUUGCUUUAAGUUGCAUUUAUCUUGCGUAUGUUAGGUUAGUUUCAAGGAGAGCUCCAGUUUUUAAGACAAAAUGUUUUUUAUCCUCAUUUUUGUAGAUUAAUUAUGAUCAAAAGUAUGUCAAUGCAUCGUAAAUACCAAUGCACCUUUGAUUCAAUGUAUUAUAAAUAAAUCUAUAAUUAUCAUAGAAUUCCAUACAAAUCUUAUUGCCUGACACAUUAGUAUAUCCACAAAUCUUUUUUUAUUUCAUUGAAUAUGACGACAUACAAAUAACAUCUGGCGCCAAAGAGAAAUACAAAAUAAUUAAAUAUUUGAAA